GUUUCGAUUGCGCGACUGUGGGAUUGCGAACCUUAACUUAAAAUCAUACAUUCAAUUGAUUAUAGAGACAAUUUUUUUCUUUCAAUCAAUGACUUAAAAUACUAUUUACUCAUACUCUUUUAUAUAUACUUACAAAGUUUGGCAAACACCAUUCACCAUUCUCUUUGUCCUUGAGGAAACUCAAUUUCCAAUAGGCAUCUCCACAUUUCAACUUCAACAAACACAAAUAGAGAAAAACCAUCAUCACAAUAAAAAGAGUCAAAAAUGAAAAUUGAAAUGUCCACUAAACAAGCCACUUUAGUUCAUGUAGAUGAAGACUACAUUGACAUGGAACUAACUUCUCCCUUAAAUUUCUUCUCUUAUACCAUUGAUUUUCCACCAAUGAAUACUAGAGAGUUUGAAUUUCAAAUGAGUUCUAUCUCAAAUGAAGAAGAUUCCAAAACUACCCCUGCUGAUGAUCUCUUCUACAAAGGAAAACUUCUCCCUCUUCACCUCCCUCCUCGGAUUCAAAUGGUUCAAAAGCUUCUACAAAACACCAAUUUAGAAGAUAGUACUUUUCCUUUAACACCUCCCACUUUUUCUAAUUACACCCCUCUUGAAUCCUGCAACAUUUCACCUUCAGAAUCAUGCAGAGUUAGUAGCAGUGAAGGGAACCAAGAUGAGUACUCAUUUGAAAUGAAUGGUUUUGUUGUUAGUGAUUUACCGAAAGUUAAAUCUUGGCCUAAGAAACUGAAAAUGAUGAAUCAGUUAUUGUUUGGUCAAAAACUCAAAGCUUCAAAAGCUUAUCUAAAAUCUUUGUUCAACAAAUCUGGUUGUUCUGACAAAUCAAAUGCUAGUGAUCCAAACAACAAGGUUGGAAUUGGAAUGAAAAACAAAAAUAAAAACUCCUUUGAGAUUUUUUGCGAUGAAAAUAAGAAACAGAUUAAAAGAGAUAUGGUUGAAGAUGAUUUUGUCAACCAUAGGAAAUCUUUCUCUGGUGUUGUUCAAAGACAAUAUUGUGGUAACAAAGCUUCAUCUUUAUCAACAUCUUCAUCUGGGUCUAGUUCUAAUUCUUCGUCUUUUUCGUUCAGUUCUGCCGGGUACUAUGAUUUACAGUUGUUUAAGAGAAGUAUUAGUGCUAAUUAUGAGUUAGAAGGUUCAGUUGAAGGAGCUAUUGCACAUUGUAAACAGUCUCAGCAACAAUGUAGUUCAAAAAAUGGUUCAGAUGAUGCAAGGAUUUGUUCUGAAUUUGGUGCAAAAGUUGGAGUUUGUGGAGAUAAAGAAAGUGAAACAACAACACUUUCCAGCAACAUAGUGUGAGUAAGUGUAGAAAAUCAUGUAAAAGAAGAAAAAAAGAAAAAGAGACAUUUUUCAUUUGAAAUGCUGUUUUUGCAUUUUAAUGGAGUUUUCAAGUUUUGAUUUUGAUUUAAUAGAAUGGUCUUUCUAGCAUUAUUUUUUGUUCAAAAUUGAUAUUCUUGUUCUUCUUAGUUCUCUGACCAAUUGGUACAUUUUUCUUAGUACUACUAUUGAAUUUGAAUCUCUUUGAAG